UCUGUUCGGGUUGUUGAUGUCUUUGGCCGUUGGAGUGGUUUCAAGUUCCAAAAGCAUGGGUUACGAUGAAAAAACCAAUGAGGGCGAGGAGCACAGUGAAGCUUCUAAAACACAGACAACAGCAAAAACAGCUACAGGUGAAGAAAAUGCAGCCGCAGGUGCCCCAGGAGGGCUGGUACGGCGAAUGAGUGAGAGUUCUAUCUAUGCAACUGAUCAGGAGGAAGAAGAUGACGAAGGAAGGAAGAUAGAGUUGGGUCCCCAGUACACGCUGAAGGAACAAUUCGAGAAGGAUAAGGAUGAUGAGAGCUUGAGGAGAUGGAAGGAACAGCUUCUUGGGAGUGUAGACUUCAAUUCUGUUGUAGAAACUCUAGAGCCAGAAGUUAAGAUCCUGAGCCUCGCAAUCAAGUCCCCUGGAAGAGCUGAUAUCUUUCUUCCCAUUCCCGAGAAUGGAAACCCCAAGGGCUUGUGGUUUACUCUGAAAGAAGGAAGCCGUUACAACCUGGACUUCACUUUUCAGGUCAGCAACAACAUUGUUUCAGGUCUCAAGUACACUAACACUGUGUGGAAAACUAACAUCAAGGUGGACAGCUCAAAAGAGAUGCUUGGAACCUUCAGUCCCCAGGCAGAGCCUUAUACACAUGAGAUGCCUGAAGAGACUACACCGUCUGGCAUAUUUGCCAGAGGAUCGUACUCAGCUAGAAGUAAGUUUGUUGAUGACGACAACAAGUGCUACUUGGAGAUCAAUUACAUAUUUGAUAUCCGUAAGGAUUGGCAGUUGGUUUAGACUGGGAAGUCUCCUUUCAGUGUUUCUGUUUUCACUACCUGUUAAUUGGUUUUCUAAGCAUUAAUCUACUUCAGUGUUGACAUGUCUCAUUUCCAGUAUCGUAUCUAUUUUCAAUCCUGUCCUAGAUUAGCACCUAAACAAUGAAGA